AUGUACGCGAACAUGAUCACCAGAUACAGCCGCAGUGCUUCUGGUUGGCCGAAUUCUACUUGCAGGACAUCACACGCCGACCUGCGAAACAGGCCGCAGAUCGCAAGGCCGCAUCGAAAGGGCGGUGGUGAUGGUGGUGGUGAUGGUGGUGCCGAUCUCGCCUAUUCAUCUUCUUCCGAUCCAGCAGACGAUCGCAUCGGACUAGCGUCAUCAACCCACAAAAUAAAACCAGAUCCUGGCCCGCUUGCACUGCGGGCCCCCAACACAACAACACCAUGUUACAACCUCCAACCGCCUGUGCGAGAGAGCGCCGCAGCCCUGUACGAGAAGGGAGGACACCUUCGUGGCUUGCCGGGCAAUUCGAAUAGCGGCUGCGUGGAGAAACGAGAUUGGACCACGAAAAGAAACCUCUCCAAGUCCGGGAACGACGUAAUAACUUCGUACCUCCCACCACCACCGCAGAGCGCUUGAUCGGCUUUUUGUGGACUAUCGGACGUGGAUGAGACAUGCUUCCGACAUUAACGCGCGCAGGUCGGCAAUACAACAUACAACGUAACGUACGUAUGACUCUGGCCAGACGCCAGUUGCUAUCACG